GUUCCCAUGAUAAGAUACCUAAGCGGCCCGGGCGACCAGGCCCUCGGAGACGGCGCACUCGGGGCAGUCGAACAUGUCGACGGGCGCUGGCGGUGGACCUUCCAUAACAUCGACUGCGGCGUCGCGGGCGACUGGUGCGACGCGGAGGCCGCGGCGACGGAUGAGCUGAAGACAAUUCAAAGGCUGCUCUUUCCGCCGAAUUUGCCGACGAAGCACUGCUUCGAUCGCGGGCUUCGCGCCGAACACCUGCAGCGCCUCAAGCUCAGUGCCCAGGGGCAGCGGCCGAGCGGCGACGCCUCGACCAUCGGCAAGAAGGAACCGGCGCUGCAUUCACGUGUGGCUGAACCGCACAGCCUUAGCAGCCUGUCGAAUGACUUCCCGGGCUUCUACAAUUUGGGGAACACGUGCUACCUGAACGCGGUGUUGCGCUGUAUCUUUCACUGUGAACCGUUGGCCUCAUAUCUGUAUUCCAUGAGAUCUCCCUGUGGUUUUACUGAGACACAUCUGCGGGGCCUUUUCGAGAAGUACAUCGCGUCGGGUUAUUCGAUGAUGGCUGUUCUGGGACGCUCUGAUAUUGGCCCAUUCGUGAAAUUUGUGCAAAGGCAGAUGAGCUUCGCACCUUUUAUACAACAGGACGCCGCGGAGUGCGUGAAGCAUCUUCUGCACGUCACCCGCUUGGGGGGCCGCUACUGUGACAGCGAGCCGGGGAUCUCCGACUACCACCUCAUUCUCACCAAAGUUCCAGACGUUGCCCUGAUCAGCGCGGCAGCCGCGCCCGUAGACGCACGGGCUUUCCUUCUCACUGCCGCGUCUGAUGAUGGGGCGCUCCGCGUCGGCUCGCAGGUGUUGGUCAUGCGCGUUGAGAACACUUAUGAGCAGGGAGGUGAAACAUUCUGGGUGGACGCGAAGGUGAAAUGGCCCUCCGGCCCCCUGACGCUGACGUUCGACAGCGCUAUCGAGAAGGGCGUGGAAUACGACGUGCAGGGCUACAUCGUCCAUGUUCACGAGGGAUCAGAUGUUGCCCAAGGCAUGCGCUCGGGCCACUACAUCGCCUACUUCAAGCACGCAAGCGCGUGGUAUUUGGCCGACGAUGCGAUGGUGACGGAGCUCAGCGCGGCGCCCGCGGACUUCCCGUGCGUCGUGUCCUUGGCGCGCCGCGACCGAGGUCAAUCAGAACAUGUGCAGAAAUUGCAGGAGCGAGUGCAAGGUGUGAAGAGGCUCCGGACGGAGGUCACGGAGAGAGUGCACCGCGCAUGGGGCAACAGCGGCAACUCUGACAACAGAGACCACUCCAGGACCGACGACAACAGCAACAUGGGCCACCCGUGCAAGCGCUUCUGCGAGAACUAUGGCAAGUACCGCAAGUGCUCCGAGGUGAGUGUCCGCCAGUGGAAGACGCGAGCUGAGCCGUCCGGCCCACUGCAGUGCAUGCUCUGCCGCUGCGGCACCGAUUUUGCAUUUCGAGAGGAGUUCAAGGUCCACGUUGAAAAGGAGCACGGUGGCAUGCAGCGGUCCCGCAACGCGUAUCUGGCGCGCGUGCAGCUGGCUCCUCGCGUCGUCUCCGGCCAGGCGUGCGUGUUCUGCGCCCGGUCCCAUUGGGUGGAGGAGCUCCACAGCGAAUUCCUUGCUGGUGAGGACUGCUUCAUGGAUGAUCCGGGCGCGGUCUGGGAGCUGCUGGACGUCGAGGUCUACCGCCAGAGUUGGCCGAAGAUCCCUCUGGAAGAGCUGGAGAGCAACCCAUGCAAGAGAACGGGAAGACCGAGUACAAGGUGCUCCUGCACAAGCGUCGCGUCAGCCCGGAACAGGCAGCUGGGAGAGCGAGUGUUUACGUCUGCUCUGAGUGCAAAUGGGCUUUCGGAGCCCCGCGCCCGUUCCUCUGCAAGUAUGCUCUCGCGAACGACGUGGCUUGGCCGGUGGGGCCCACUCUUCCGCGAUGCAGACAAGUGUCCGCUGUCUCACCAGAUGCUCCUGGCCCUCGCGCGCGUGGUCUCCACCAAGAUCGCGCUGCGCCCAGAUGGGAGCAAGAACAAGACCUCCGACAGCACAGCGAACUGGGACUUCCUUUUCCACCAGAGCGGCAUCGUCGGCACGGCGGUACUUUCCCAGAACGCCGACUGCAAAUGGGCACUUGAGCAUUGGCCAGAUGAGAAGCUCCACGAGUCAUUCUCCGUCGCCUUCGUCGCCGACCCCGCGGCGGGAGACUACCAAGAGCAGGCCAGGAAGUGCAUCUCCAAGAUUGCUAAACUCAUGGUGGACAGGCGCGCGUUCGAUACUCAGGAGUCGCCCGGGCAGGUCGCGGUUGAGGGACCGGCCGACGCCGCGGCUGCGGGAGAGGAUGACCGAAUGGGCGAAUACAUUGCCGCUGCGCGGGGGGCUCGCUACAUCGCGGCUUUCGAACCGCAGACGAAGGACUUCAACCGCGACAAAACCAACGGCUCCGUCCAGUUCACGGCGCUGAUGCAACAGCUCGAGGAGCUUGAUAAUGCAGCGCAGCGCUCUGUGGCCGCCGAGGUCGAGUCCGCGUUGGAGGCGGGCGUGGGCUGCGGCGGCGAAGGAGGAGGCCUGGUCGACCACGCAGGCCGCGAGCGCAUCCUAGACAUAUGCCGACAGGUCCGGGGCCCUUGUGAAAAACUCAGUUGCGAAGAAGAACAACGGAAAAUGCAGUUGGAGCUUCAAAGAACUGCCAUGGGCGAACAGGAUUGGCAGCAUCAGACGGAACCAUCAGACGGCGCGGGCACCAGCUCUGGAACCGUUCCACAUUUGGUGAACCCUAAGGGGGCUACUCCUCUGUCCUACUGGGAUUGGAAGAUUUGGGCGAUGGCGAGGCCGAGUCUCUGGCGCUUCGGGGACGCGGCUAACCUGUAUCCUCACCGAAUAAAACCACUCACGCUCAACGAGUGGAUGUGCUGCCUGCUCGUGCGGGAAGAGAUGGAAUAUCCCGGGGAAGAGCCGGGGGCCUUCAGGGUUUGCGACCACAAGUCUCAGGCGGAAAUCAACCGCUUCGCCGGCGACUGGGUUACGCUGCACCUCUUUUCGUCCAUCAGGGUGCUGGCGGCACAGCAGGAGUCGACGUGCGCGUUUCUGAAGAACGGAGGUAAUGCGUGGGCGCAGAAGGUUCGGAAGUUGACCUCUCAGCAGUUGGCGGAUGCAGCCAGGCUGGGCAAGGCCGGGGGCGACAUUCACGCGCUUGCUCAGCAUGAAAACAUGCCGCAGAUCAUCCGCGACGCGCUGAACAUAAUGCAGAUGGCCUCGGCGCACGUCCUCGGCGCAGACGGACAUCGUCGGCUCUGCCGUCACGAGGGCAACGCCUACACCACUCUCUUCGGCCCGCCGCUGGAGUUCUGCACGCCGAACCUCGCGGGCGGAAAGCAGCCCUGCCUCCUGGUCAUGCAGAACCAGAAGUUUUAUCUGGACGGCGCGCAGGAUGUCGACGGAACUUACCCCAGGUACCGGGAGAUGCUGCUGCUCUUGGCGAAGGAUCCAGUCGGGCAGACCCGCGUCUUCCACCUCAUGAUGCUCCUGUUCUUUCAGCACGUGCUGGGGGUGCGCCCAGAAUGCAUCGAGAGCAGGCGCGGCUCGAGGCGAUCGAAUCCGCGCGAGUGGUGCACCGACGGCGCCGCGGCGUCUGCGUGCGCACCAGGCAUCUUUGGUCCUGUUCUUGCAUUCCGAGGAGAGAUCGAGGCUCAGGGUAGAGGUUCUCUGCAUCCGCACAUCUUCGUCUGGCUCGUGCGGCUGUCCGUGGCCGAGGUAGAGAACUUCCAGCGGAAUCUCUACAACUGGAUGAAGGCGACGGUGGCCGCCGCGGAGUCCAUCAGCCAGAGCUCCGUGCGUUCGAUCAAACGACGCUUCGGAAACCUUGAGACUACGGACGUUCCGCCGCUGGGUUUUAGUGCCGCGGAGCAGAGGCUGAGUUGUUAUGACGGGGAAUCCGAGCUGAAAGAGUUGGAGAAAAUCCAGGAGGACGAUCGCACGCCCGCGCAGACCAAGGCGCUGAAUGAGUACGACGCUCAAAUGUGGUGCCGCCCAUGCCUUCCCUUCAGGCGGACCGACGGGGAAGUCUUCUCGCUGGGCGACGCUGGCGACGCCCCGCGACGGUCAGUCCACGGGUUGCCCAUCUCACACUUCGCCGUCGGUAAGUGUCCGUUGCACAGGCGCCGAGCCUCCCUCAGGACGUCCGAGCGCGAGCCUCCCGAAAGCCAGUCUGGACGGAGCGCCGCCGCGGUGCCAUCGGCCGAGGCGGCAGCCGCCGAGGAUGCCUGCGCGGGUGAGUGGGGAACCUCCUUCGCCAACGACGUGAGGUCUUUGGCCGCGGAGAUCUUCGUCCACAUCUGCGGUGAUUCGUGCCAUCAGUACUCGGGCCCGAAGAAAGUCCAGCAGAUCUGCCGCCACGGCUUCUACUACAUAGCGGUGCUGGGCGACUGGGGGCAGCGAAAAGAGGGGAUCUCCUUCCGACGCCGGGGCAAGGCUCUACGCAACCAGAUCUUCAUCGUCAAGGCCACGAAGCACGGAGUGCAGGGCAGGCUGCUGAUGCUUCAGGAACACCCCUUCGAGGUGCAGACGAACUACGCGGGAGCCGCAUGUAUCCGCUGCAACCUUGACGUCCAGAGCCUACGUCGAGUUCUCCCUGAGAGCCUCUGGAAGAAAGAAGAAGAGCCGUGCCCUCGCCUGCCGCCAGGCGACAAGGAGACGUUCGGGUACAUGGGAACAUGCGAGUGGGAUGGCGAAGAUUAUGUAUGGAGGACAAGCGUUGGCGACGAUUGCCGCGACGGCGAGCAGUGGGCCGACGGCAACUCGCGCGCGGACUGGCGCCGAGCUUUUCUUCGGGCCUUCGCGAGCCAAGGGGGGAACUCGUUCUCCUGCAGGCACUGUGGCGGUGAGCAUCGCGAGGCCGCGGACGACUCCGAUGGCCAUGCCUGCGAGUGCCUCCACUGCGAGUGUACGCGGGCGUCAACGGCAGCCCUUGCCGACGCCAUCAACACUGGCUUCUAUGUAAACAGCUACACCACGAAACAGUGCCCCACGAUGGACGGGGUCCUCGAGAACCUACGGAAGGGGAUUGAGCGCCUGGAGAAGAAGAGAGCAGAGGAUCAGGAGGAGCUCGAGAAGAAGCGCGCAAGGGACGCGCCACUGGUCGGCGAGGCGGCAGCCAAGAGAGCGCACCGGGGGGACUCAGUGUUCAAGCAGACCAUGCAGACCAUCAAUCGGCUGUCUUCCUCUUACCGGCGCUGCUAUUGGAAGAGUGGACCGGAGAUGAUUUUCCCGAUGCUCUACGGCCACAUGACUUUCGCGAGCCACAGGUGCUGGGCUGUGUACGUGAAGAAGGGCGUGUUCCAGGCUGCGAAUGCGUGGCGAAAACGAUACGGCUCGAGCGUGCGUCACAAAGCGAUCGUGGAGGGCGGCGGAGGGGUGGAUGCUUUCCCGCUGACGGGCUGGCGCUGGAUAACAGUGGACAACCAGAAACUGUUGAUGGACCAGCGCGGAUCGAGGUGCGAAACGACGGCGGCGGCUUUCGAAAUAGAAAGAAACAAGAUGGGCAUAGUGGAUGCCAAGGCGCAGCUGAACUUCCCCCAGAAGUUUCUCAUUGACACCUGCUCGGAACCCGUCGACAAGGAUACCGGAGACGAGAAGGAGGGCGACGACGAGGGCGCCGGCGACAAGCC